GCGUUAAACAGCCGCUCAGAGUGUUUCAUUUACAGUGUAUUUACUAUUGCUCUAUUUUUUUAUUAGUUCGCUCAAAUCUAGACUGGAUCAUGAACACGGUUUUGUCGAGGGCGAACUCGCUCUUCGCCUUCUCUCUCAGUGUAAUGGCGGCUCUCACAUUCGGAUGCUUUAUCACGACAGCCUUCAAAGACAGAAGCGUACCGGUUGAUAUACACGUAUCCAAAGUCAUGAUUAAAAAUGUAGACGACUUCACGGGACCACGAGAAAGGAGUGACUUGGGCUUUGUGACAUUUGAUCUUUUUGCUAAUCUACAGCCAAUAUUUGACUGGAAUGUAAAGGAGCUCUUUCUUUAUCUGACAGCUGAAUAUUCAACCAAAAGCAAUACACUGAACCAGGUGGUGCUGUGGGACAAAAUUGUCCUGAGAGGUGACAAUACCAAACUAAACCUGAAGGAUGUUAAAUCGAAGUACUUCUUCUUCGAUGAUGGAAAUGGUUUAAGGGCGAAUAAGAACAUCACUCUGACUCUCUCCUGGAAUGUGGUGCCAAAUGCUGGAAUCCUGCCAUUGGUCAUGGGAUCAGGGCACAAAAGUCUCGCCUUCCCUGAAACAUAUGAAACAGCAAAGAGCUACUGAACUGUACCAGCCCAUCCGAAACCAUGUUUGUAAAUGUUGUGCUCUGUACGGAUUUUAAUAAAAGUUGACAAAUUGUU